UGGGCUGUUGCAGGGGUGAGCAGCCUUCCUGAGCCCAGCAGCCAGCUUCCUGUGGAGCUGGAGCAUCCCAGCCCAGAUGGGAUCUCGCCACAGGAUGGACGGAGGAGCAGCAGCUUCUUGCAAAGUGCUCAUCUUAUUCACUGCAUGCAUCAUGCAGGCUAGUGGCCAAGGGUGUGAGAGUGGGCAGUUCCGCUGUGGAAAUGGCCGUUGUAUUCCUGCAGACUGGAGAUGCGAUGGAGCAAGGGACUGUUCAGACGAUACGGAUGAAGCUGGUUGUCCACAACCUACCUGUGAGGGAAAUCAGUUUCAGUGUCAGACUGAUGGAGAGUGUAUUCCACAGUCAUGGGUUUGUGAUGACGAGGAGGACUGUGAAGAUGGCUCAGAUGAGCAUCAACAAUGCCCGGGGAGGACAUGCUCAAGUCAGCAGUUCACAUGUUCAAAUGGACAGUGCAUCCCGAAUGGUUACACGUGUGAUCGAGUUAAAGACUGCACUGAUGGAACAGAUGAGAGAGGCUGCCGUUACCCAACAUGUGAACAGUUAUCUUGUGCAAAUGGAGCAUGUUUUAAUGCCAGCCAGCGCUGUGAUGGUAAAGUAGAUUGCAGGGAUGCCUCUGAUGAAGCUAAUUGCACCCAUGGAUGUGCCAGUACCCAGUUUCAAUGUGCUAAUGGAGAAUGCAUCCCCCGAGCCUUUAUCUGUGACCACGAUGACGACUGUGGAGACAGGAGCGAUGAAAACUCUUGCACUUAUGCAACUUGCAGAGGCAAUUUCUUCACUUGUCCAAGUGGCCGCUGUAUUCAUCAGAGCUGGGUUUGUGAUGGAGAUGAUGACUGUGAAGAUAACGAAGAUGAAAGUGGAUGUGAAAGUGGUCGCCAUGAGUGCUACCCAGGAGAAUGGGCCUGUCCUGUGUCAGGACACUGCGUUCCAAUUGGUAAAGUGUGUGAUGGGACUGCAGACUGCCCUGCCGGAGAAGACGAAACUAACAUAACUGCAGGCAGACACUGCAUCCGCACGGGGAUACAAGUGCUUUGGUUCGUCCGCACGGCGAAAACCAUCGCGACCGUCCCGUACGGCCAGUCCUCAGCUGCACGCUCCCUCCCGAGGAGCAAAGAGCUCAAGCUCCUCGGUACCCUUGGUCACGCGCAGUCAGAGCGCAGCUCGGCGGCGCCCGGCUCCGCCACGCGUCCUCGCACCCCUCCUCGCACCGUUGAUUCCGGCUCCCAGGAGCGUUGA